CGUUGCGGAAGGCAGUUAACUCCACAAAUCCGUUGCCGUCGGUCCAAAUUUCCCAAACAACCGACUUGUAAGCGUAAAGGCGCGUGUGAAUCCUCCUGGAGAAAGAGAUACAACUAGAGUGCAGUUUACGCUUGACAAGGAUAUACGAAAAAAUCCCCAAUUCCAAAAUGUUCAGAUUUCUUGCAUGACCACCUUGGUGGCCUUGGCUUCCAGCCAGCAAUAUCAUCAGGAUCCCAAGACGGCGGCCAUCAUCAGUGAGCAGAGAUAUCUGUCCGGAGAUGGAAAGUUCGGAGCUGCCUAUGAGCAGGAGGACGGCAUAAACUUCAAGGAGGAGACGGAUGCGGAUGGAACACGUCAUGGCAGCUACAGCUAUGUGGAUCCCUCGGGCCAGAGGCGUACGAUUUCGUACACAGCAGGCAAAAAUGGUUUCCAAGCCUCUGGAGAUCAUUUGCCCCAGGCACCACCUGCUCCCCCACAGCCCGUGCCCACGGCGGGCUAUCAGCCACAGCAGCAGUACCAGCCCCAGCAGUACCAGGCUCCCGCUCCCCAGCCCCAGUCCUCCUUCCGCAGCAACGACUACGGAGACGAUGGGUCCUACGAUCCCCGCUACAACGACCCCUCCUUCGGGCAGAACCAGCAGAGCUACCCACCCGCUCCCCAGCAGCAGUACCGCCCUGCCCCGCAGCCCGCCUACAACCCGCAGCCCGUGCAGCAGCCGCAGCAGCAGCAGUACCAGCCCCAGUACCAGCAGCCACAGCCCCAGCAGGCGUACUACACCACCACCACCCCCAACCCACACCGCUUUUCGCCACCCGGAAAACUCUCCCUGAACCGCACGCCCGAUGGCUUCACCUACUCCUUCAACAAGGUCUAAGUCCCAACCAUCCCUACUCAGACAUGUUGCAUCUUCUUCAUUGGGGCACCCUCUUUUCUUAUAUAGCCUUCUUAUAUAGCCCCUCCCCUAUCACAACUAGAUUCUCUACUCUUUUCUUGACUCCAUCAAAACUCUUGUGUGAUAUGUUUAAGAGCAAAUUGUAACUAUGUAUCGUACUUCCUAUAUGCGUACUGUUUGUUUGUAAUUUAUAAUCCUACACAGAGAAAAUUAGAUGCCAUUACCCGAAAGGGGUAUUGCCAGUUAAAAAUUCGAAUAUUAAAAAUAUGACAUAAAUAUUUUUGAAAUAUAAAGAAAAAUCAAGAAAUUAAGGCCUUAUUUCUCUGUGUUUUUCCCAACUUCCCAUGUAAUUUUUAGAAAAGCGAAGCCAAUAAACCGCGAAGAUGUUGAUCCAGUUUCGAACCUAAUUAA